UAUCUUCUUCCUUUCUCUUUUAAUUUCUAAUCUUUAUUUAUUCCACCAACAAUUAGUUAAAAGGCAUCCUAACCUUCUUUAUAUUCACCGCCACCAUCACUACCACCAUCUUCACCACAUACCACCACCAUUUACCACCAUAAACACACACAUACAACAAUGGCAAUGCGUCGUUUAAUCCUCAACAACCUCACUCACUCUCAAAGAUUACCUUUGCAAACACAAGCAUGCACCUCUCAACUCCUCCACCGUUUCUCAACCACCACCAACCACCAUGAAAACCCCGAAACCAAAGAGGUUUCCGUCUCCGAUUCCGCCAAGAAACCGCGGUCCGUUUCCCCUCGCAGGCGCCGCCGGAGGUCACUAUGGUCGUCUGAAAACAAUAAUCAGAACCUACCUCCUUCUCUCUCAGAUUUCUUGACACUAGGAUUAGGGAAUGCGAUCGUGGAAGCGGCUACAAACAUGAACAAAUUACUCGAAAACUUAUCACCAUCGCGUCUAAUAAGGCGAUUCAAAGAGAAAGACGAAAGCUACACCAUCAAGUUUCAGAUGCCCGGGUUGUCAAAAGAUGAUGUGAAGAUCACAGUUGAAGAUGGGAUGAUGUUCAUUCGAGGCGAGCAUAAGGACGAGGAAGAAGGUUCUGAUGACGAUGAAUUUUGGUCGGCUGCCACCUACGGGUACUAUAACACUAGUCUCAUGCUGCCGGAAGAUGCGAAAGUGGAGGAGAUUAAGGCGGAGAUGAAGGAUGGAGUGUUGCAUGUUCUUAUACCAAAAGAUGAAACCAAGAAGAAGCAAAUUAAGGAGGUUCAUGUUGGUUAGUUUUUAUAAAAGUGUGUGAUGUCUCAUGGAUGUGUUAUCAAAUUGAAAGUUUAAUAAAAUGUUGCGACUUAAAAGUGAGAAA